AGGGCUUUGCGGCCUCUUUCGUACGCCUGUGCGCCACGGCGGCCGGGGGCACAAUACCCCUCAGUGGACGAGCCAUCGUGCACGAGCUUCGGCGACAUGGGGUGCAAGGACCCGAGUCCAAAUCAGUGAUGGCGAGGGACCCCAAGAGCAUAUACCACAAGAGUGAGCUUAGCAGCAACCACAACAAGGUCGUCGCCGACGUAUCACAAGGCUACCCGAUUGGUCUGGCAAACUGUGGGUUCUCGACGCAGAGCACCAGGUCAGGCUCCUCACCAGCCUCCAGCAUCAACGGGCUUGUGCGAUCUGCACCGAGCACGGCGGCCCAGGCCACGAGCUCGGGCGCCUCGCCGGCAUCGGCGCAGGACCAGGAAGUGUAUACUGGGCAAGUUUGCCUUCGCGGACGGAGACCACACCUUGUUGGGCGAGGGCACGUCAAGUGCGUGCUACCUUGGCAGCAACAUUGAGACCGGCGAGGCCGUGGCAAUCAAGGUGUACAAGCCCUCCCGAGGAGGGCUUCCUGCCACGCUCGCCAAGUUCAGGCGGCAGGUCAGCGUCCUCCAGGAGGUGCAGCGGCCCUUCGAGAGGCCCGCGGACGACGCGCUGUGGUGCGAGGAGAGCUGGCCCGCGCCGAUCCCGCCGACCUCUUCGUGAGGCUCCUGGGGUUCUCCAAGGACG